AUGUCUAGAAAAGUAUCACUCAUUUCAGUUAAUCUGUUUGACGAAAAUGCUAAAGGUAGAUUUACACCUAUGAGUCUUGUUCCAUUCAAUAAUAGCAAUUCUCAAACCCACCUUCCUAAGCUAGCUACUUUCUCAGGUUCAUCGAAUAUUUCUAUUGCAAGUGAUUCCUUCAACAAGGAGAAUCUUUUGCAAAUUUCCGAAUCCAUAAACUCAUCUCGUUUGCCAUUUUCGCUGCUUUAUGUCAAUUAUCGAAACGAAAAUAGUUGUGAAAUUAAAUUGAAGAAUAUGAUGAUGGAAGACGAAAAUUAUGAUUUUAUUAUGAACCCUUGUUGCGAUCGCCCAACUUGCAAGUUUGUCAAGAAUGCAAUUAUCAAACAGAACUUGAAUGCAGGAACAAUUGUAAGUUACUCAGCAUCAAUUGAUUCUGAACUCAAUAAUAGUGAUAGCGAUAAUGUGCGGCAAAUGUGUUUGAGUGGUAAAGAAUUGGAAGAAGAAAAAGCAUUUACAAUGGCACCUUUAAGAACUAGCUCUAUACAAGAGCUUAUCCAGCCAAAGAGACAAAAGAAAAAAAAUCAAGUAGCAGAAUCUGUCAUCGAUAACGAUAACAAAAAUUUAAAUUCCUCAAAUGAUGGAUGUUCAGCUUUGAUUGAAGAUCUCGAUGAGUGCAUCAAGUCCUUCUCCUUCCAAUCUCAAAUCGAUGAAAAAUUGGGGAAAUUGAAAAAGAUACUUGGUGUAAAGAAAUGGAAAUCCCAAAAGUAA